AUCAGCGGUUCCGUGCGCUGAGAUAAAACACUAAAUAAAAAUUUCAGUUUUAUUAGGUAUUCACAAUUAUCUCAUCACUAUACCAAGAGAAUUGAAACAGUGGGUAAAAUGGUGAGACCAGCAGGCUUAUUACCUAAUUUCCAACAAGGAAGUGGUAUUUCAGACUUUUGGACACAUAAAUGCUUGGCUUCUAUAUAGGAGAGCUAAUGCUCAGAAGGGAGAUACUAAAAACACUUGGGCUGGCAAAUUUUAGGAUUGAAUUAGGAGAAACACUUUGCAAAAUAGGUAUUAACAGCACUUUCAGUGCUGGCCUCUGGAUUGUACCAGAAACCUAUUGGCAUGGAUUACCUACAUGGGCUCAGUCAACCCAAUGUAUCGAAAGCACUAAUGGAAGUGGUGGAUACAUUCAAUCAUCCAGACAUUUUAAAAAAGCAUGUUUACUUUCCUCAAACACCACAAGAGAGAAGUGCUAUAAUUAAUGGCAUGAUGGCUGCCCAGCGCACUAUGCACUCUCAGUGAGAGAGUAUCUCGAUCAAAACUUUCCAGGCAGAUGGAUAGGGUGGUCUGGUACAAUAGUGUGGCCAGCCCGGUCACCAGAUUUGUAUCCGUUAGAUUUUUUUACUGGGGAACUGUAAAAGAAAAAGUGUAUUUCAAGCUGAUUCAAAAUGUAGCUGAGCUACGGCAAAGACUAUUGGAAGCAGCUAAGUUUGUUAAUAACCGUGGAUUCGCUCGUUUAAUAACCCGAUCUUUUUUAAGA